AUGAGCAGUGACAUCGCAUACUCAAAUAUAAACACCACCACAGAAAAUGGGAAGCCCAAUACCAGCGCCGGCGUAGAUGUAGAUGUAAAUACAAAUGCAAAUGCAAAUACAAAUGCAAAUGCAAAUGCAGAUCUGAACCUUCCCACGGUCGACGAACAAAGACAGUAUAAGGUACAACUGCUACUGCAUAUCAAUAGCAUACUACUUGCUAGAGUUAUUCAGAUGAACAAUAGUUUACAGAACAAUCUACAAAACAAUAUAAAUAAUAGCAAUAACAAUAAUAUUAUCAGAAUACAGCAACUUAUAUCCCAGUUCCUCAAAAGGGUUCAUGCCAAUCUUCAAUGCAUAUCUCAGAUAAACCAAGGAGUACCCUCAGCAAAACCUCUGAUCCUCACGCCUCCUCAGCUAGCCAACCAGCAACAACCUCCACAGGAUAUUCUUUCUAAACUCUAUCUUCUCCUGGCAAGAGUAUUCGAAAUAUGGUAG